AUGGCAAAAGCUAGUAGUAAAAAGAAAUAUUCUGGUAUAACUACCAAUAAACAAGUCGCUGCAGAAAAGCAUUUAAGUUCUGUUUUCAAGUUUAAUACUGAUUUAGGCCAGCAUAUUUUAAAAAACCCAUUAGUUGCCCAGGGGAUUGUAGAUAAAGCAGGAAUCAAACCAUCAGAUGUAGUUCUUGAAGUUGGUCCAGGUACAGGUAAUUUAACUGUAAGGAUUUUAGAACAAGCUCGAAAAGUUGUUGCUGUGGAAAUGGAUCCUAGAAUGGCGGCAGAAUUGACAAAAAGAGUUCAUGGUACGCCUGGCGAAAAGAAAUUAGAGAUUCUAUUGGGUGAUUUUAUGAAGACUGAAUUACCUUACUUUGAUAUUUGUAUUAGUAACACUCCAUACCAAAUUUCCUCACCAUUGGUAUUUAAACUAAUUAAUCAACCAAGACCACCAAGAGUAUCCAUACUUAUGUUUCAAAGGGAAUUUGCACUUAGACUAUUAGCGAAACCUGGUGACUCAUUAUAUUGCCGUCUAUCUGCCAAUGUGCAAAUGUGGGCAAAUGUUACUCAUAUCAUGAAAGUUGGGAAAAAUAACUUUAGACCACCUCCAAAAGUGGAGUCUAGUGUGGUGAGAAUUGAAAUCAAGAAUCCAAGACCGCAGAUCGACUUCAAUGAAUGGGAUGGGUUACUUAGAAUCGUUUUUGUAAGAAAAAACCGUACCAUAUCGGCUGGAUUUAAAUCUAGUACUGUUCUAGAGAUUUUAGAGAAAAAUUAUAAGACGUAUUUAGCCAUGAACAAUGAAAUAGUAGAUGACAGUAAAGGUACUAUGACAGACAUAGUCAAGAACAAAAUUGACACAGUUUUAAAAGAAACUGGUAUGGGUGAUAGGAGAGCAGGGAAAUGUGACCAAAACGAUUUCUUAAAGUUGCUAUAUGCAUUCCAUCAAGUUGGCAUCCAUUUUUCGUAA